ACUCAUUUCAACGUUCAAAGCGCGUAUAACACUUUUCUGAUUUGUCUACGUUCAACUUUCAACAAUCUCUUCCCUUCCAUUCCCUUCGUCAUCGUCACAAACCUCGGUCGAUAAACGCUUCUCGCUGAAUUUGAACCCUAAACCCCCCGAAAAAUCACCCGUCAAAACUCAAUUUCCCCCAAAAAUCGAUCGGUUGUAUGGUCUCCUCCACGUAGCGCUUUCAUUUUGGUUCCCGUUUGAUCCAGUUGGUAAUAAUCAUCCUGUCUUGUUCAUUAUUAUUUCUACCACUUGUGUAAAUUCUCGUUUUCGAUUUGUUAAUUCUCGGUUGGUUAAAUAAAACCUGGAUUUCGAUUUUCCCAAAUCGAUUUCCUUGGGUUUAAUUUGAUUCGAGAGCGUUUACGUUUCUAGGGUUUGUAUAGUUUGACGAUCGUAAUUCGUAAUUGAAUCGAUCAUGGAUGCAAUCAGGAUGAUCCCUUUAUAGUUUUCACGUCUUGUUGUUUUUUCUGUUUCUAGUGUUUGAGUUUCUCAAACAUUUUUAGGGCUUGUAAAAAGUUAGUUCAUUUAGACACAUAAUGUCGUCAUCCGGCGUUUUAGCAAUCAACCCACUUUCCGAUACACUGAUUCUCCCGCCGAGGCCUUUAUGUAGCGAAGACCCCAUCGUUGUUCAUUUGGCUAUGUCUGGUUCAGUCGUUCCAAUUAGGGUUUUGGGGUCAGAUUCAAUCCAGUCUGUGAAACUUCGAAUUCAAAGCUACAGAGGCUUCGUUGUAAAGAAUCAGAAGCUAGUUUGUGGUGGCAGAGAGUUAGCAAGACCCGAUUCUUCAGUCAAAGACUAUGGCGUUUCAGAUGGAAACGUGAUCCAUUUAGUUGUCAAGCUUUCAGAUCUUCAAACAAUCAAUGUCAAAACUUCUUCAGGUAAAGAUUUCACAUUGCAUGUUGAUAGAAACCGUGAUGUUGGUUUUGUGAAAAAACAACUUGCUAAGAAAAAGAAAGGAUUAAUCGAUAUCAAUGAAGAAGACAUCAUGUGUGAGGGCGAACAGCUUGAAGAUGAGAGACUUAUACAUGACAUCAGCAAGCAUAACAACGAUGGUGUGAUUCAUUUGUUUGUAAAAAAGGUUGCAAAGAUUCGAGUCACACCUAGAGAGAAGAAUUUUGAGCUGGCCAUCGAUGCACCACAGGUGAAUGAUUCAAGAGAGUUUGAUUCUUCUAACAUACAACAUAACAGUGGUGCUGACAUAGUUCCUAGAGAGAAUAGAGAGUUUUGGUUGGAUCCAGUGAUCGUUAACCCAAAAGCUGAACUCCCUUGUGUUGUUUUUGACUUAGUCAACUCUACUUAUCAAGGUUUAGAAAAAGGAAAUUACCCAAAAAGGUCAAGCGAAGGUACAGGUGGUGCUUACUUCAUGAUGGAUCAAUCAGGGACUAAAUACAUAUCUGUAUUCAAACCGAUUGAUGAGGAGCCUAUGGCUGUAAAUAACCCUAGAGGACUACCUUUAUCUGUCAAUGGUGAAGGGUUAAAAAAAGGGACUACAGUUGGUGAAGGUGCAUUACGUGAGGUUGCCGCCUAUCUUUUAGACCACCCAAAAAGUGGCCGGAGAUCUUUUUCCGGCGAACACAAAGGAUUUUCCGGCGUCCCAUCGACUUUAUUAGCUAGAUGUAUGCACGCAGGGUUUAAUCAUCCAGAUGGUGUGAAGGAGAAGAUUGGGUCUUUACAGAUGUUCAUGGAAAAUUCUGGAAGCUGUGAGGAUAUGGGUCCCGGUGCUUUUCCUGUUGAAGAGGUUCAUAAGAUCUCAGUGUUGGAUAUCAGGAUGGCUAAUGCUGAUAGACAUGCUGGGAAUAUUCUGGUGACUAAAGGAGAAGAUGGACAGUUUGUUUUGAUUCCAAUCGAUCAUGGUUACUGUUUGCCUCACAGUUUUGAAGAUUGCACGUUUGAUUGGCUAUACUGGCCACAAGCUCGCAAGCCAUUCAGUUGUGAAACUAUUGACUACAUAAACUCGUUAGAUGCUGAAGAAGAUAUUGCUUUGCUUAACUUUUACGGAUGGAAUUUACCAUUAGAAUGUGCUCAAACACUUAGGAUUUCCACCAUGCUUUUGAAGAAAGGUGUUGAGAGAGGUUUGACUCCUUUUGCAAUUGGGAACAUAAUGUGUAGGGAGAAUCUGAAUAAGAAAUCUGUGAUUGAGGAGAUUGUUGAAGAAGCAGAUGAUUGUGUUCUUCCUGAAUCAAGUGAAGCUGCAUUCAUGGAGACUGUUUCUGAGAUUAUGGAUCGUCGUUUGGGUCUGAUGGUGGGUGUGUAGAUGGUGGUGAAGUGUUAAGUAAAUAUGUUGGUGUUGGUGUUGGUGUUGUGUAGUAAGUAAGUACUCUGUGCAUGUGGUGUGGUACAUAUGCAUGUAUGAGAGUGGAUUUGUCAAGUGUUUUUACUUCAUAAUCUGGUGGACCUUUGUAGUGUUUAAAUGUUCUGUUUUCUGUUAUGACUCUCUCAUAUUUUCAUUUUAUUGGUGUUAAUUGUAUGAUGGUAUAAGAAGAAUUUAAUGAAG